CCCCCUUUGCAAUUUGAAUCAUCUGCUUCAUUGUUACUCUCACACUGUUGCAUGAUUUUCUGUCUGAGAGUUUUGGUCCAGUGUUUAAUUUAAUUUAAUAUUAUACGUUACUGUUGAUGAGAUUGAAGUUGGAAGAAGCAAAUGGGUUUUGAUCAUGAAGAGAAGGAAACAAAAACUGGAGGAGAAAAUGAAGAACAUGAUAAGAGUAGUGAAGGUACGAACAUGAACAAAAAAGCGAGUGAGUCUUCUGUUUCUGUAACAGAGGAAGAAGAUGAUGACGAUCCAAGAGCUAAACUAGAGCUGGGUCCUCCAUGUUCUCUUAAAGAUCAGCCCGAGAAAGAUAAGGAUGAUGAAAGUCUUAGGAGAUGGAAGGAACAACUUCUUGGGAGUGUAGAUAUGAACAACGUUGGAGAAACUCUUGAUCCUGAAGUGAAGAUCACAAGUCUGUCAAUCAUAUCUGCUGAGAGAGAUGACAUUGUUCUUCCAGUCCCUGAAGAUGGGAACCCACAAGGAUUAUGGUUUACUCAAAAAGAAGGAAGCCAUUACCGUUUAAAAUUCACCUUCCAAGUCAGCAAUAAUAUUGUAUCUGGCCUUAAGUACACCAAUACUGUCUGGAAAACUGGUCUCAAAGUGGACACCACGAAAGAGAUGAUCGGAACUUUCAGUCCUCAGGCAGAGCCUUACGCACACGAAAUGCCAGAAGAAACAACACCUUCCGGCAUGUUUGCCAGAGGAACUUAUGCAGCAAAAUCCAGGUUUGUGGAUGAUGAUGACAAAUGCCAUUUGGAGAUAAACUAUAGUUUUGAUAUCAGGAAGAACUGGGCUUGACUGCACUAUCAGAUUCUAUUUGUUUAAUUAGUUGGUUUGAGGAACUUUGGGCACCUUAGAAUUUUUUUUUUUUUUUAACUUGCAAUAUGCACUCCAUAUUAAUUUUGAAUGCAUAAUUAAUUAAUAGA